CUUAUCAACACCUGUCUGCAAUCUCUUGUGAUAGAGAAAUUUGGCGAAGAAACAUGGGAAAAAUUGAAAACUUCUGCAGAAGUACAAGAUGCCUUCAUGACCUACACAAUGUAUGAUGACAUCAUCACCAUUAAGCUCAUCCAAGAGGCCUGCAGCAUUCUGGGUGUCUCCAUGGAAGCCAUCCUGAAACUCUUUGGAGAAUACUUCUUUCAAUUCUGUAAGAUGUCUGGCUGUGACAGGAUGCUACGGACACUGGGAGGAAAUCUCAUGGAGUUUACUGAAAACCUGGAUGCCCUCCACAGUUACCUGGCACUCUCUUAUCAGGAGAUGAAUGCACCAUCGUUUCGUGUGGAGAGAGGAGCAGAUGGGAAAAUGUUUCUCCAUUACUACUCGGAUAGAAGUGGUCUGUGUCACAUUGUACCAGGUAUCAUUGAGGCUGUGGCCAAAGACUUCUUUGACAUUGAUGUAACCAUGGACAUUCUUGACAUGAAUGAAGAAGUGGAGAGGACAGGGAAGAAGGAGCAUGUUGUGUUUCUGAUUGUACAGAAGGCUCACAGGAAGACGAGAAAGACAAAGCCAAAAAGGUUACAAGACAGUCAGGGCAUCGAGAGAGACCAAGAGGCCCUCCAGGCAGCUUUCCUCAGGAUGAAGGAGAAAUAUUUGAAUGUCUCUGAUUGUCCUGUGAAAAAAUCCCACUGGGAUGUUGUGAGAAGCAUAGUCAUGUUUGGAAAAGGGCAUCUCUUGAACACCUUUGAGCCAAUUUAUCCUGAGAGACUCUGGAUUGAAGAGAAGACAUUCUGCAACGCUUUUCCUUUCCACAUUGUAUUUGAUGAAUCACUACGGGUGACGCAAGCCGGAGUGAACAUUCAGAAGUACGUACCAGGACUCCAAACCCAGAAGAUUCAACUGGAUGAGUAUUUCUCCAUCAUUCAUCCUCAAGUUACCUUCAACAUUUUCAGCAUCCGCAAAUUUAUCAAAUUUGUCCUGAAGACACGAAGAGAAAUGAUGCCUGUAGCAUGGCAAAGUCAGACCACACUCAAACUUCGAGGCCAGAUGAUCUGGUUGGAGUCCAUGUGGUGCAUGGUGUACCUGUGUUCUCCGAAGCUCCGCAGCCUGCAAGAGCUGGAAGAACUCAAUAUGCAUCUUUCUGACAUCGCCCCCCAUGACAUCACCAGGGAUCUCAUCCUCCUGAACCAGCAGCGGCUGGCUGAGAUAGAGCUGUCCAACCAGCUGGAAAGGAAGAAGGAGGAGCUACGGGUCCUCUCCAAGCACUUGGCCAUUGAAAAGAAGAAAACAGAGACCUUGCUUUAUGCCAUGCUGCCCAAACACGUGGCCAACCAGCUAAGGGAGGGCAAAAAGGUGGCUGCAGGAGAAUUUAAAAGCUGCACGAUUCUUUUCAGUGAUGUAGUGACAUUUACUAACAUCUGUACUGCCUGUGAACCUAUACAAAUAGUGAACAUGCUGAACUCCAUGUACUCCAAGUUUGACAGAUUAACCAGUGUGCACGCGGUCUAUAAACUAAAAACAAUAGGAGAUGCUUAUAUGGUGGUAGGAGGUGUACCAGUGCCUAUUGGAAGCCAUGCUCAAAGAGUGGCUAAUUUUGCCUUGGGGAUGAGAAUUUCUGCAAAGGAAGUGAUGAAUCCUGUUACUGGAGAAUCCAUCCAGAUCAGAGUGGGGAUCCAUACUGGACCAGUCUUAGCAGGUGUUGUAGGAGACAAGAUGCCACGGUACUGCUUGUUUGAUGACACUGUGAACACAGCUUCUAGGAUGGAAAGUCAUGGGCUUCCCAACAAAGUGCACCUCAGCCCCACCACAGCCUACAGAGCCUUGAAAAAUCAAGGAUUUGAAAUCAUUGAGAGGGGUGAAAUCGAAGUGAAAGGUAAAGGGAAAAUGACCACAUACUUUUUGAUCCAGAACUUGAAUGCCACAGAGGAUGAGAUCAUGGGGAGAUCUAAAACCCCACUUGAUCACAAGGGGUCAACACAGAUAGCAUCCCUGCCCACCACCAAGCUCCAGGAUUCAGUUCAACCAUCUUGCCCUGAACAUUCUUCUCUUGCAUCCUGGUAA